AUGGCGCCAACCUCCCUGGCAAAGGCCCUGUAUGCAAAACAUCAACAGAGGGGCUGGGCUCGGACGCGGAAAGAAGCAUUAGCUUGCAGCAGAUGGACACCCUUCGAAUUCGAACACCAAGCCCGGCCAGCCAAGAGCAAAUCGGAGUCUGGAGCCUGGGAGAGAAUGUCCAAUGUGAAUAAUAGUUGGCAGACCCCAGCACGACUUCAUGUACGGUUUGACGAUGCUGAUGAACUCAACCCCGCAUUCUCACUUGUGCACGAGAGAACUGUCCAAUUGAAGCUGUCCUCCUCGUCUGUGAACGCUCAUUGGGCUCAAAAUAAGAUUAUUUCUUUUUCAGAGCACGUUUCCUUGCUAAUAGUCUGGAUUUCCUGGCUCUCGGUAUCCUGA